AUGCCAUCACUUGCGGAAACCCUUGCAAAGCGCGCUGGAAUUACCCUGGAGUCUACUAAGCUCCUCGGAUUCGUCGUCGAAGCACAAGACCAUGGGAACGAGGCACAUCUCGAACGACGCAUCGACAUUCCUUUCAACAGCAGCAGUCCGCCAGGUUUGAUUGAGGCAGAAACUCGGGACCCCUGGCGCGACUCUGGAAAGUAUGCGCUUGGUUGGGUCUACUUUGCGGUCAUAUUGCUUGUCCUGACCGGCGCGAUUCAUUGGUACAACUUCUGGAACGACAAAGUACGAAUCGCGGAGCACAAGGAACGUGCAGAAGGAAGAGCCAAGAUCGCAUCUCCAGCGACUGACUAUGAACAUUCUGCAUUGAGCACCGAUCGAUCGACCCGCAAGUUCUUCCCUACUGAAGGCCCGGUACCUAUGGCCGUGCAGGAAGACGAAACUGCAUCAACAUCAUGGCUGGUCAGGAAUAUCCUAGCCAUGAUCAGGUUCCUGUUCUAUCACCCUAUACCAUCGCUCAAGGUACACAGGCGGCUCAGACCCAUCGUCUUUCCAAGUCCUGGUGUGUGCCUUCUGGCGUUCGCGGCGCUAGCAUUCGUCCUGUUGUACAGCUUUGUUCCACAGCCACUUUACUGGCAAUCGAUCGAAUUUGGAUCUCCACCAUUGGCGAUUCGGUCUGGCAUGCUAGCGGUCGCUUUGAUGCCCUGGAUCAUCGCACUUAGCAUGAAAGCCAACUUCAUAACGUUCAUCAUCGGCAUUGGACACGAGCGUCUGAACGUGCUGCAUCGGUGGCUCGCCUGGAUAUGUCUGAUACUCAGCCUCAUUCACACGAUACCGUUUUAUGUAACGCCAGUAUACGAUGGUGGCAUGCAGGCCUUUCAUCAACUGCUCAAGCAGCAACAGUCUGGCGUUUACAUCUAUGGAACAGGCAUUGCCGCUCUAGCACCGCUUCUUUUCCUCUGUGUACACUCCAUCACACCAUUGCGAAGGCGCUUCUACGAGCUUUUCGUGGUCGUGCACGUUCCAGUCUCUGUCGCAUUCCUCGGUCUUUUAUUCUGGCACUGUCACAAUUACCUGACAUCCUGGAACUACCUAUGGGCCACGACGGCUAUAUGGCUGGCAUCGUAUGCCUUUCGGCUCUUCUAUCUCAACUGGUCGAACCCAUUCAGGAUAUCCUUCUGUGUGGGUGAAGAAGCUGCUGUAACGGUCAUGCAUGAGAACGCUGUGAAGGUCACCAUACCAACCCAGGUUCGGUGGAAGCCGGGACAAUACGCCUACCUUCGAAUGCCUGGAGUCUCCUUCUUCGAGAACCACCCUUUCACAAUCGCAUCGCUGUGCAGUGAUGAUUACCCUUCCGAGUACGGCGAGAAGUACCGAGAUAUGGUCGUAGUGUUCAGACCAUUUGGUGGCUUCACAAAGAAAGUCCUGGACAGUGCGCUGGACCACGGACCUUGGUGGACGUAUCGUGCUUUCAUCGAUGGUCCAUACGGCGGCAUGCGCCGUAGCAUGGUGUCCUUCGAUCAUGUUGUCCUGGUAGCCGGCGGCACUGGCAUAACGGCCGUUGUGUCGCAUCUCCUGGAUUUGAUCAAACGCAUGCGAGACGGCAAGGCAGUGACGAAAACUGUACAUCUCAUCUGGGCGAUGAAGCGUCCAGAGACCAUGGAAUGGUUCAAAGAAGAGCUACGGAUCUGCCGAGAAUUUGCUCCUCCUGACACUGUCAGCUGUCAGUUCUAUAUCACGGCGGCCAAGAGGCAGACGCAGACCGGCCAACUUGUCAGUGCGCAGACGCCAAAUCGCCCAGUCAGCAUGGUGUUCCAUGACAAGGUAAACGAUGCCUUCCAAGAUAUCGCAAGCAAUCGCUUCUCCUUCCACUCACAGCGGAACUCCGCGCAGAUACGAGACGCAGCAGCUGGAGACGUCGAACGUGAGAAGGAGCUUUUUGCGGAGAAUGAGGAUCGCCUACGACCACUACCCGAAGCACAUCUCAAACCAGCACGACAGCCAUCGCGAGGAUAUCUCGCAGGCAGGCCUCUACCCACGCAACGAGCACGAACCCCAUCUCCCGAUCGAACCUACACAGAAAUGGCAUCAGAAGAAACACCCCACCUACCACCCCACCCAACCCUCCACGAAAAACGCCGCUCCCGCCCCGUGUCCCUCGACAUCACCUCCGCCCAAAUCACCCAAACCACCCACCUCCACCAAAUCGCCCAAUCCCAAGACCCUCACCAACAAGGUUUCGACUUCGGCUUCCCCUCGACCCCGACCGAGUUCCAAAAGAACCUGAUGCGCUUCGCCUUCAUGCCCGCAGCCGUCAAGGCGCGGCGCAGCGGCUGGAGCGUGGAGUGGGGACGGCCGGAGAUACCGUAUAUGCUCAAGGAGCUUAGUGAGGAGUGGACGGGGAAGAGGGCGUGUGUGUUUGUGUGUGGGCCGCCGGCGAUGAGGUUGGAUGUUAGUGAGACUGUGGCGGGGUUGCAGAGGGUUGUGAUGGGUGGGGGGAGGGGGUUGGAGGAGUUUUAUUUGCAUACGGAGGAUUAUGCGCUGUGA